AUGCCAUACUUGAUCUACCCACCUGAGUCUGAAGACAACAACCACAACGUAUAUGCCGUAAAUUCCCCCGACGUGGUGGACGAGAUUGUACUCCAAGACCUGCAGUCCUGGGGAUGGAGGGUAGUCGAGCAGGGCGUCGAUGAUUCUCAGCAUACAGUCUCCAUACAAACCUAUGAUUUCCGCACGAGGAAUACCACGGCCGAAGAUAGAGGGGGGAUGCCUUCGCUGCGACAAGUAUGGCGCCGAGAGCACGUACGCAGAGGCCAGAUAGUUCAACAUGGUGGUGGGCGCACGAAAAGAACGGUGAAGAAGGAAGCAAAAGAGCCAAAAGAGCCGAAGCAGGAGGAGGACAUCAAGGGAAAACGACGGAGUCUUGAAAUGGCAACGAAGAAGAUGAACAGGGCGAAACAGAGACUACAGCGCCUGGUUCCUAAAAGGGAGAGCAAGGAGCAGAAAAUAAGGGGGAGCGAGGAGCAGGAAAUACUGGAGAGCAGGGAGCAGGAAAUACCAGAGAGCGUGGAGCAGGAAAUACCGGAGAUUGGUACAUGGACCGAAAUCGGGCUUGGAACUGUAGGCCACGAAGGGUCGGGCAUCUUGGUUACGCGUACUAUUGAAGUGACUUUGGAGGAAGAAACCUGCGUGGAUCCGAAUGCGAGGGAGAUGAUUUGGCCGAUUGAAGAGCCUCCUUUGCAAGGACCACUCGCUCAAGGCACGCGGCGGGAUGGGGGCGAAAGCCACCCAGAGGAGGCAGAAUGGAUAUGA